AUGAGCAAGAUAGCAGCCAAAAUCGCAUUUUACAAUUUUGAAUGGCGGUACGUUGCUUUGGUGAUGUUCAGCAAUAUAAACUUAAUCGGGGUUGCGUCGUUCUUGAGCAAUUACAAGCAGUCAGUUGUGGUGAAAAUGGGAAAAUUCAUUCCUUACCACCGAGCCGUGAUACCACAGUUCGUGUUGCUCGGUCAAACAUCUUCUGAAUUAUCUGGCAUGCUACGGUGGUUAGCCCAAAACCAGUAUGAUACAACAGGAAAAUUUGUCAUACUUUGCUAUUCAACUGAUAACACGUGCAGCGAAAAAGAAAUCUUUGACACUUUAUCUAGUGUCUAUAUCGUAAAUGUUAUAUUAAUUAAGGGUUCUCUUGGCGACACAGAACCUAACAUAUUGUCCUAUUUUUUUGUCUUACCACAAAAAUGCAUGAAUAGCGAACCUGUCAAGCUUAAUAUUAGUUUGAAUUGUGCAAAUGAUACAUGUUUCAAGUCUGCAUUCCCGGAAAAGUUUUCGAAUAUGCAUCAGUGUCCAUUUAUUGUUUCAACAUUCGAGCAACACCCAUUCAUGUACUUAAGCAAUGAUAGCGCACCGCAUGGUAAAGAUGGAGAUCUUUUGAAUUUAGUAGUGGACAUUUUGAAUGCUUCACUGGUCAUUAAAACGCCGAAGGAUGGCGACGAUUGGGGCAAAUUAGUGAAUAACAACUGGACGGGAUCUCUCGGCGAUGUGUUCAACGGCCUAGCUCACGCUUCUAUGUGCUCCGCUCCGCUCUCUCCGACAAAAUAUGCAAAUUUUCAAAUUUCUUUUACAUACAGUUCAAUGGAUAUAGUGUGGGCAGCAGGCCUGCCUGCCCUCAAGCCGGCCUGGGAAAAACUAUUAUAUCCGUUUGGAAUGACCGUAAGAGUUAUCGUUUUCUUCCUCUUUAUUGGGAUUAUUUUUACGAAUAGUUUUAUUAAUACGCGUACUUGGAGAAAAGUUAUACGCGUUCUCAGGAUCAGCCCGCCGAAGUCGAACCUACUGUUCUAUUCGUGGAUUAUUUUUAUGGGGUUACCCAUUGUUAGAAUGCCCUCGAAGCCGUCUCUUCUAGUGGUGAUCGGACUCUGGAUUUGGGCUAGCUUUAUUAUCAGGACAGUGUACCAGGCGGAACUGGUAAACAUUAUGAAACAGCGUAUAUAUGAACAAGCAUUUGAAACAUUUGAGGAUACUUUGGCAACCAAAAUACCUUUUGGAGGUCUUUCUAUUUACAAGGAAUAUUAUUCUGAUGAUAAAUACAUUUAUGAAAAUUAUAUUGACAAAAACUUAACAGAGGCACGUCAUACAGUCGAUAAGAUAUCGAAUGGAUCAUUGGACUUUGUGAUUGCUAUGAAAAAAGAAUCGAUCUACUUUAGAUUAAUGGAAUUUAAAGGUUCAAGGCAAUUACAAAUAAUUCCGAAAAAGAUCGCCAACAGCCCAGCCGUUAUUUAUUUCAAGAAGUAUUCCUUCUUAACUAAUCCUGUAAGUCGUAUCUUGAGUGUUUCUCUAGAAGGAGGAUUCAGCCAAAGGAUGUAUUCACGUUUCUUCACGAAGGCGGUUUCGUUUCUGCGCCCGUCGACGAAGCAAGGCCCAGCACCGCUACGCCUUGAACAUUUCAUGGGGAGUUUCAUAAUUUUGUUUGGCGGUUGGUUUCUGUCGACUAUUUUCUUUGCUGUUGAAGUGAUAUGUGGUAAAAUAGUUAAAUCUAAUGUUUACUCUUAA